GGUUGGGCCUCCAGAAACCGGAAAUCGGACUCCACGGAUACUGGAAAGAGCGGUUCCGCUCCCGGGAAGUAGUUUCGGCAGAUGCCGGAAGAGAAGGCCCCGGCAAACGGCUAGAGCCUAAGAUGGCGGAGGUGGAGGAAGUGACCGAAGGGUGUAACCUCCCCGUGUUGCGCCGUAACCAAGAAAACGAGGACGAGUGGCCGCUGGCUGAAAUCCUGAGUGUCAAAGACAUCAGUGGCCGAAAACUUUUCUAUGUUCACUAUAUCGACUUCAACAAGCGCCUGGACGAAUGGGUCACCCACGACCGGCUGGACCUGAAGAAGAUCCAGUUCCCCAAGAAGGAAGCCAAGACGCCCACCAAGAACGGGCUGCCAGGAUCCCGGCCCAGCUCUCCGGAACGCGACGUGAGGAAGACUUUGGAUCUACAACCGGCCACUCCAUCCAGCGGUAAAACCCUACCUAUCCCGGUGCAGAUUACCCUCCGUUUUAACCUAUCUAAAGAGAGGGAGGCCAUCCCUGGCUCGCCCGACCAACCCCUCUCCUCCAGCUCCUGCGUCCAGCCAAACCAUCGUUCCACGAAACGGAAGGUGGAGGUGGUCUCUCCCGCGACCCCCAUCCCUGCUGUGAGCGAGACGACCCAGGCCUCGGUUUUUCCCCAGAAUGGCUCCGCCCGCCGAGCCGUGGCCGCCCAGCCGGGCCGGAAGAGGAAAUCCAACUGCCUCGGGACAGACGAGCAGGACUCCCAGGACAGCUCGGAUGGGAUCCCGUCGGCGCCGCGCAUGACGGGCAGCUUGGUCUCGGACCGCAGCCACGAUGACAUUGUCACCCGCAUGAAGAACAUUGAAUGCAUCGAACUCGGGCGCCACCGCCUGAAGCCCUGGUACUUCUCGCCCUACCCUCAGGAGCUGACCGCCCUCCCUGUCGUCUACCUCUGCGAAUUCUGCCUUAAGUAUGUCAAGAGCCUCAAGUGCCUCCAGAGGCAUCUGAUGAAGUGUGACUUGAGGCAUCCUCCGGGCAACGAAAUCUACCGCAAAGGAACCAUUUCCUUCUUUGAGAUCGAUGGCCGGAAGAACAAGAGUUAUUCACAAAACCUUUGCCUUCUGGCGAAAUGUUUCCUCGAUCACAAAACCCUCUACUACGACACGGACCCCUUCCUCUUCUACGUCAUGACCGAGUACGACAGCAAAGGCUUCCACAUCGUCGGCUAUUUCUCCAAGGAAAAGGAAUCCACCGAAGAUUAUAACGUGGCCUGCAUUCUGACAUUACCUCCCUAUCAGAGACGGGGUUAUGGCAAGCUGCUGAUUGAAUUCAGUUACGAGCUCUCCAAGGUUGAAGGGAAGACGGGCACGCCCGAAAAACCCCUCUCGGACCUGGGCCUCUUGUCGUACCGCAGCUACUGGUCCCAGACCAUCCUGGAGAUCCUCAUGAACCUCAAACUGGAGAACGGCGAGCGGCCACAGAUCACCAUCAACGAGAUCAGCGAAAUCACAAGCAUCAAGAAAGAAGACGUAAUCUCAACACUUCAAUAUCUGAACCUCAUAAAUUAUUACAAGGGCCAAUACAUCCUGACUCUCUCCGAGGACAUUGUGGAUGGGCACGAGAGGGCCAUGCUGAAGCGGAUCCUGCGCAUCGAUUCCAAGUGUUUACAUUUCACCCCGAAAGACUGGAGUAAGAGAGGGAAGUGGUGAUUUCAAAGGGCCCUUCGACCGGCA